AAACAUCAUUAACAACAACAGCCACAGCAGCAUUGCUAUCCAAGUGUGAAUUUAAACUUAUCCAUCCUUGAACUUAUCCUAAACCAUGUAAGGUACCUAGUUAUCUUCUUAACACAAAUGCAAACUUGGAAACAAUGAAUUGUUAUUCGAGUAUUUCGAAAACCCGAUAUAUGUCACAUGAUGCACGAUAUACACAGCGCUAUAUCGAGACCCUUUUCAGAAUCCUGUCAUCUUAGGUAGUACUCAAGUGGCCUUAGGUGCCUAAGUAUAUAUUAUCUUACCUAAGUAAUGUCUAACAGGAACUUCGAAGAGGAGUAUCGAGCCAGUAAUUGGUGGUUUGGCAGAUAUCGAACAGAGGGUUAUUCAAAUCACGGAAAUAGCACCCUAGGCCAAUACCGAGCACAAUGGUUGGCACUUCCGUUUCCGAAAGCUAGGAAGAAUCCCGUCCGGCCGGUUAGGAAUAAUGCUUGGCAAGAAGCUCUUCAAGUAUUGUACCGCCGACCGUUUAGGCGUCCUAUUGAUGGCACACCACGUUACAGUGAUGGCCGAAAGAUAAUAAACAUAAGAGCUCGAGUUCGGAGAACGAGGAAUUGGUUUCAGUCAAUGGGACCAUUUACCUACCAAAGAACAUUGGGCUAUGGUGGCCUCGGCCUGGCACUACAUUUCAAAUGGGCUGAUCCAAUGCAUCCUAAUCCGGAUAUCGAUUUGGUGUUGAAGAUUGGGUUGCAUGAGUAUAUGAGUGAAGAUAUCCGCCUAGAGCGGAGGAUGAUGAGGAAAAUGGAUCGCGCAGCCCAUACCAUUCAGGAGAUCCAGCCCGAAGACGUUGGAUUGCCUCCGAGGGAAGACUUCCGAUUUGAUGUAUUUGAGUCGAAUGAUUCUAGUUCAGAAAGGCCGAGCAGUGGAUCGGACAGCCCUGGGCCAAGGCCAAGGCCCCAGAGAAAUAGGAGAUUCCGUUGGGAUAACAACAACAGCCGAGCCGCGAUGAAUGAAAAGAUUAGACGCCGCCGACGAGAAAUUAACAGACGAAGACGUGAAAUUAGAUCCCGAGAAUUUAUCCUGGAUCAAGUAGAUGAAGGUCGCCUAAUGCCUACUGCGGAGGUACAUGAUCUCUAUCAAGUAAAUCAUAAAGAAUACAUGAUUCUAGAGUUCAUGGAAUUCGGCGAUUUGGCAAGUCUUAUACAUAGGAUGAUCGAUAUAAGACAAGAGCGUAUUCCAAACCGUGUGCUUUGGGAAUUUUGGCUUUGCUUGAUUAAAGGCUGUAUUGGCAUGGAUUACCCCCCGCGACAGUUCCAUCCCCGACGGCGUGCUACCAUAGCAGAUAACGCUGCAGCUAACCCCAGUUUGGAUUUCAAGACGGAUGGCAGAGAGCUUUAUGAAUAUAUCCCCCCCGCCUCGGUCCGGUGGGCUCAUAAGAACAUAGUCCAUUUCGAUCUCGAUCCAACCAAUAUACUCGUAGGCAGUCUUCAACCAUUCGGCGACGGCGAGCACCGCCUCAUUCCGAGGCUGAAGAUCGGGGACCUUGGGCUUGCACAGUCCAUGAAGCGUAACAAGGGGAACCGAUACUACUACGACAGACGCCGGCUAGCAAAGCAUGGCUACUUCGCCCCAGAGCAAUUUGGGCAGGAAUGGGAACUUCUCCACGUUACUCACGAAUUCGGCCCCGAGGUCUCUGGAGCGCCAAUGGCUGGGCAAUACACCGAGAGAACGAACGUGUGGGGGAUUGCGUUGACGAUGUGGCAGCUUAUCACGCAGCUUCACGUACCCGAAAAACCCCAGCCGCAAUCAUCCGAGAGACUACCACUUCAUUAUUGCCCGUUGCUACUUGAAGAAGCCAAGUAUUCCUAUAUCGACAUACGAUUCCGCACGGAGCUUGCGCGAUGUAUGAGCCACGAACCUAAAGAUCGUCCGACUUUAAGGGCCUUAUUACAGCACGCCGAGGCGGCUGUCCACAGAACAUAUCCUGCGGAAGAUGAUAACUUCAUUAGGGAUUGGGUUUCAAGAGUAUUCUAUCAAGGAAAUGCUCCUGCUAACCCCCCCAAUGCUGGAGGAGGUGGUGCGGGAGGUAAUAAUUAGCUCGUAGGAACCAUAAUUACUUAGGCAUACGGCUCUAUUCUACUUACCUACCUCACAAGUAAGUAGGUAUCAUGUAUAUAAGGCAGUCAGGUAGCCACCUAAUGUAUUGGGUAGCAACACUGUUGGACAUAUCAAUAUAUGGAGUUAUAUAUGGACUAGAGGUAUGCUUA